CAAGGUCGGGUGGUCUGUGACAGAACAGAAAUGAUCAUAUCAUAAAAAAAGCACGUAGUAAGUUGACUCGGGGCCUUUUGGAUUUCAUCUCCCUGUGAUAUGUGUCAAAUCUACUGUUGCACACAUUUGGGAUUCUUGAAGUUGCAUUGCGUAAUGAAGUGAAGGGAAAAUCACCAGAGAAUCAGGGGCCGGCAAAACCCAGCGAUCAACAUGCCUUAAGAGGUGAGGUGGCGAUGACAGACUGAUGUCAGUUAGCACAGGAAUUGAAACAAUGUUGGUGGCAUCACUCUGCAUCACUAACCAGCCGUAUGGUCAACCACACUGAGUAGUUAGUGUGAUUUUACUGAUGGAAGACAUUAUUUUCUACUGCAAGUCUUACAUCAUAACAUUCGUAAUAUCCUUUUCUCCAACAUCAUAUGGGACAAGUUUCAUCUUCAAAAGAGAUAGGAAAACAUCCACAUCAAACGAAAGGAAUUCUGGACUACUCUACAAUGGUUAAUGAUGGUCCAUCAAAUCCUCUUUGGGAACAGCAUGGAGGUUGUCAUUUUGGACUAUUGAUAAGGACAUGGGACUCACUUUGUCAUUGAUCUAUUGUGUUGAUUUCAACAGUGAACAGCAUCAGACAGAAAACAUCAACACACCAACGCAGAAACCGUUCACAGAAGGUUCUUGAAGGGCAAUAGAGAGUUAUAAAAGGAAGCUAAGGAGUACUCAGGAGGGUGAAUGGCCGAAUGAAGCACCAUCACGUGACUAUUACGCACCCUCCAUCAUCACAGAUGCACACUUCGGCCACCACAUCUUCUACUUGUGUAAUUCUUUACUGUGAGGAUGUCUGAGAAAGACACAGUGAGCCAAGAGACUGCGGAGGAGGUUGGGAUUGAGCAAGAUGUUGACAUUUCUCCACCCUCCCCAGAGACGUGCAUCAUUAGAACUGCAAGCUCAGAAGUAGAGGAGAAAGAGAAGGACAAAGAUGAUAAAGCAAAUGACACAAAGGCUGACCAUCAGAAACGCACAGGAAACCAAGGGCAGCCGAGGAAAAGAGCAAAGUCAGGAGCCAAAGGUAAAUUGGUGAGGAGUCUUGCCGUUUGUGAGGAGUCUAAUCUGCCUCUACCAACAGAAGCCACUCCAGAGGAUCAGGAUUCAAUUCAGCUGCAGCUUACCAGUUCUCCAAGUUUUCAAGAUGAUGAUAAAACUAAUAAAGAGGAAUUGGAGAGAGAAAAGGACAAGGAUAAAAACAGAGAGAAAGAAAAAACUAGUGAAAAACCUAAAAUAAGAAUGUUGUCAAAAGAUUGCAGUCAAGAGUACACAGAUUCUACAGGGAUAGAUUUGCAUGAAUUUCUUAUUAAUACAUUAAAGAAUAAUCCCAGGGACAGAAUGAUGCUUUUAAAAAUGGAACAGGAACUAAUAGAUUUUAUCAAUGAUAACAGCAACCACUAUAAGAAAUUCCCUCCAAUGUCAUCAUAUCAUCGAAUGUUGGUGCACAGAGUAGCAGCUUACUUUGGAAUGGAUCACAACGUCGAUCAAACUGGAAAGUCUGUUAUAAUCAAUAAAACUAGCAAUACUAGAAUACCAGAGCAAAGGUUCUGCGAACACAUAAAAGAUGAGAAAAAUGAUGAGUCCCAGAAAAGGUUUAUUUUAAAAAGAGAUAAUUCUAGUAUGGAUAAAGAUGACAAUCAGGAAAUGUUUAUCUUGCAGCAAAAUAGGAUUCAUCCAUUUAGAGAUGAUAGAAGAAGUAAAUCAAUUGAGGAGAGAGAAGAGGAAUAUCAACGAGUAAGAGAGAGAAUUUUUGCACAAGAUUCCACAUGCUCCCAGGACAGCCUAUAUGUGGAAAACAGCUACAUUCUAGAGGAUAUCAGUACUUUCAGUGACACGCAGAAAAAGAGGCAGCUAUUUAGGAGUAAUAGAGAUGGAACAGGAAAGACCUCAAGUAGUCGGCAGAGCAGUACAGAGUUGGAUGUGAAGUGGACAGACCAGCGACCGUGGAGCAGCACUGAUUCAGACAGCUCAAAUCGAAACUUGAAACCCCCUGUGACGAAGACAGCAAGUAUUGGUGGCAUCACUGUGUUAACACGCGGUGACAGUACAAACAGUAACAGGAGCACAGGCAAACUCUCUAAAACAGGUAGUUCCGAGUCUUCCAGUAGCGCAGGCUCCUCAGGUUCAUUGUCACGGAACCAUCAGCCACUACAGAGUGCAACUGUUGUCCCAGCGCCAGUCAGCUCUACAGGAUCAGUCUCCUACCCAGAUGGUGGAAUGGGUGGACAGGUGACACCUACCAACACCAGCUACAUUUUGCUUCCUUUGGAAGCUACAGGUAUACCACCUGGCAGUAUUCUGUUAAACCCACACACAGGUCAACCCUUUGUGAACCCCGAUGGCACACCUGCCAUUUACAAUCCUCCUGGUGGCCCACAGUCGAUUAGAACUCAGCUUCCUGGGCAAGCACAGCAGCAGGGUGCAUCACAGCAGCAGCAGCAGCAGAUGCCCAAUCAUCUAGUGCCACAGCCAGUACAAGCUAUUCAGCCUUCUUCCCAGUCUGUCCAGUAUCCAACAGUUUCGUACCCUCCUCAGCAUCUCCUACCAGUUUCACCGACGCAGCAGUUUCCUGUGCGUGAAGACUUGGCUUCCCAGUUUAACCAGAUAAGUUUAAGUCGACAAUCAUCAGGAGAUGCGCCUGAGCAGCCGUCUGGCUCUGUUUAUCCAUCACCAAUUUUACCUCAGCCACCCCAACAAACUAGCUACGUCAUGGCAUCACCAAGUCAACAGCUUCCCCCUGGAGGUUUUACAGGAUCUGGACAGCCCAUAUCUCAGCAAGUGAUACAGCCACCACAAGGAUAUGUACAACAGCCACCUGCACAGUUGCCAGUGUAUUACUAUCCAUCUGGCCAGUACCCUACCUCAACAGCCCAACAGUUCAGACCUGUUGCUUCUGUUCAAUACAAUGCACAGCGAAAUCAGCAUAUACCACAGACCACUCAACAGACAGGUUUUCAGGCUGUGUUGCCUAAUCAGCAGCAAGGGUUCCAAGGUCUGAUGGGAGUGCAGCAGUCAUCACAGAGUCAGAACCUGUUGAAUAACCAGCAGGGAAAUCAGGUGCAGGGGCUGAUGGUCCCAUAUCCAGCCAUGUCUUCUUACCAAGUGCCAAUGACCCAGGGUUCUCAAGGGAUGUCUCAACAAUCUUAUCCACAAGCUAUCAUGCUACCCAACCAGUCAGGUCAAGGAACACUUCCAACCACUGGAAUGCCUGUCUAUUGUAAUGUUAUACCUCCUUCUCCACAAAACAACUUAAGGUUGGUAGCACCCCACUGCCCUACCAAUAAUGUACCAGUGAUCCCUGCUAACUGCAGAACAAACUGUACUAGUAUUAGCAACACUGGAUGGCAGGUCAAAUAUUGACACUGGCUCUGUGUGAAUAAAAUAAUGUCAAAAUGCAUUUUUGGACAUAGUAACUAUGGCCUUCACAGAAAAAUGGAACAUCAACUGAAGAAAUAGAGUAUUGUGUUCUCAGUCGAUCACUGCUGGUAUUCUGUUUCAAAAAAAAUACAAUUCUGAAAAUGUUUGCUGGUUUCUGGUGCAUUUUAGUCAUGUCCUUGCUAGGUAUGCCUUUGUAGCUUAGCUGAGUGACAUGGAUUAUCUGAGGUCAGACCUCUCCCUACCACUGAGCACCACUGUGUAGAUUGUAAUACCCCAAUACUGAUUAGUUUUGUACUUCGUGUUGAGUUUGUGAAGCUGAAAAGUAUUACAAUUAUUAUAAUAAAAUACACAUUGUACCAAAGCUGAAAUGGAAAGAAUAGCUGUAUGGAAGGAAUAAUUUAUAUACACUAGAGUUUUUUUAUGGAUAUAAACUGUAUUGUAGUGUUUAAUCACAAUAAAACUAUUUGACCUCAUGGAUAAAGGUCACAUUUC